AUGGACGUCGGCCAUGGUGGUCUGCGCCGGCAGGCCUUUGCCAAACUCGCUACCCUCUCUGCACACCGAUCUCUUACCAAAGAGGUAGACUUUAAACGCCUCAUCUCGUCGAUUCCGCGCAAGAGUCAAGGGAACGGUGUCCUCGAUGGAGUCCUUCGAGCCAUUGCACCGGCGUCUCGAACAUGCAUGACGCCUCGCGAAAUCGAUGUCCUCCUUGCUCUCUGUAGUAGUGCCCAGUCCUUGCAUGACCUGCCACACGCUGAAUGUCUCAUUAAACAAUUGACGACCUAUCUCCCAGAAGCCCAUUCUCAGCUGUUUUCGUCGUCACCCUUCAUACAUGAAAUCAGACCCGCGCCGUGGACGGCUCUGACCUAUGAGCUCACCAAGGCCCUCCUGGUACUUGGACUCCGAUUUCCUCCAUUGAAAGAGUCUGUCGCAUACAGUAUUAAGUCAUAUGUUCACAAUUGGUCCCAGUCGGCGGCAGCACUGACCUCGGUGGGACUUGGUGAGCAAGAUGAAGAUAAUGAGACUGAAGCCCAGGAAAUUGCGGCGGUCACGGUGUCACUGGUUGGCUUCAUGGAUGCAGCGGCACUGCACGAGAACUUCUGGUCCUCAUAUGAAAGGGUGGAAUUGAUCCGCUCUUUGAGGGAUGCCUUGUCCGAAAAUUUUCUGAUUGCUGUCGAGACUGCUUCUUCUGCGAUUCGAAACUCGACAUCUUCGGACAUUACCACACGAGACUGGAGGAAGUAUCUCAAGCGAUUCGCCGCCCAAGGCACGCCGGUUGGCGCAAUGAUGUUGCAGAGGGGGUUCAUGAAGCUUGUUCUUGCAUGUACAGCCAGAAUGCUUUGCGACGAACACACAGUCCAGUGCGGCGAUAUUCUUGAUCAAUAUAUUUCCGGCACCCAUCUGAACCGCGCCAGGGAUGAACUUGUCACCGACGACAUGGUGGAGUAUCUUGUGGAGAUCAUCACGGAUCAAAUACGUGUCUUGGAAGAUGGUUCAGACUACUUACAGCUGAGUUCGGCCUGGCAGCAGCGGCUGGCCUUUUCCGUCAAAGCUUACGCGCUAGAAGCUUUUCUUCACUGUGUGGUGCUUGACGAAGAUAUUGCAGACCCGGAGGAUCUUUUUGGGUGGCUAGAGGAUUCAAUCGCAAAUCAAGUUCAGAUGGCAGACUUUGAACUGGCAGGCGUUGCUCUGAAGAGUUUAGCUGUCGCUGCAAAAUACAUACCAGAAGGGGCAUCCAGUUUUGCGCGCAUCUUGUUGAGGUUUAUUGUUCGGGGGACUUCACGACCAUCUGCUGUGGCCAUUGCUGCACAAAGCCUAUCCCAUAUUUUGAGGAUGUUGUCACAAGAUGCUGUGAUUACAACGAUAUACUCACUUGGGAACAUUCUCAGCUCACAGACCGGCGCGGAGAAGGCUCACCAUCCUCUGACUACCGAUGUUAAUGGCCACCACGGUUCAUUGUCAUCCACAACGAGACUACGCACCGGAAGUGUGAUUUCUCUUUCUCUCAGCGGCGACGAAGAAACGUCGCUGGUGUGCGGAAACGUCGCUCACGCGAUUGUGACGAUUGCAACCAAGUGUAAUGACAGCAAAAUCAUGGCCCUGGUGCAAAUGAUGAUGUUGCAGAAAGUGGGAAGAAUCAACUUGGUGGUUGAUGGCCGCAUCAUCGAAGAAGCCGCCAAACUUGCCAUUCAUGGCAAGGAAAAUGAGUUCAAAGCACUGUUGAGACUCUACGCUCGACUACAUCGCGAAGCUGUUGUGCAAGAAAAUGUCAUCAUCUUUGAAGCAGUUCGCAACGGUCAGGAAUACCUGGCCAUGAACUUGGACAACAGAUCACCACUCUUCAAAAUUUUCGCAAUGCACCUCUUGGAAAGAAUCCUCAGCAAGGGAGAUGUUGUUGAAGGCGAGUUCAAACAAUCUGCGGAGGUCGAACAGGCUGCGAAAGAGAUAGCACCUCUUCUGAAGCCUCUUUCUAUCUUGGCUUCCCGAAAGCCCGCUCUGACCCUCGAGGGUACCUUGGCUGAUGAUGCCGACGUCCUGACUAUGGGACGCGAAGUUUGGUACAACAUUGCGGUUCAUGGCAUCACUCUUCAGUCACGCAUCGGUCAGCAAUAUUACCAUGAGCUUCGAUUGCUGGCGAUGAAUUCCCUACCACUGGUCGACCUUGAUCGCGCCGAACUCUUGGAGUCUGAUGUGGAACUUAACACCGUCCUGCGGAGAGGAAUGAGUCCGCAACAUACCGCUGACCAAAGGAAGAACUUAAUUGCUGCCAUUUCCGAGAGAGAGUCCGAUAUCAGCAGAUUGAGUUACCAGAAAGUCGUCUUUCUGAACGCGGUGUUCCUCGUGGAGAGCCUCCGUGCUAUUUCUGGGAGCUGCGCUGAGAUCCUUGAUUAUUUCACAGAUCCAACGACACAGACUAGUUAUAUGGGAUUGUGCUUAAGCUCAAUUGCAAACGAAGUGGUGAAAAGGUACACGCAAAAAGUAAUUACAGCGAAGGAAGACGAAUUCGGUGCUCCGUAUGUUUCUCGACAGCUCGCGCAAAUCCUCAGUGGCUGCUGUCACCGAAGUAGCAAGAUGCAAGAAGUGGCAAGAGCUUCAGCCAACCAUAUCAUCACUUUUACUCCCUCUGCCUUGUGCCAGAAAUCCAGUUUGUUCGCUUUGCUGGAAUUACUCUCGCUGAUGUGGUCAAGUUGCUUGGAAGCAGAUGUGGACGAAUAUGAGUGGAGGCCCACGCUCACUUCCACACGCGCCAAAAUUACCAUCGAGUUGUCCGAUGAUUACGCGUUUCGCAAACGCACCUUGAACAAUCUAUAUAUUGAUGCCAAGAAGUGGGUGACUACUGUGAUGGGCGUUGCCCCUCUAGAUGUCAAGGGCCUCCUUCAGACUUAUCUUUCGGAAUUUGAUGAUACUGGUGCCUAUGGACACGUUUCUUUGGGCAGAUCAUUUGCUCUUGAAAUGGGCUCUAUGAUUCCGCCCAUGGAUCACCGGCUCAAUGCCCUGGACAGGAAAGGAGAGUCUCUCAACGUUAAUAUGGCUUCUGAUUUUAUGGCCCAGUACACUACCCGGCAGGAAUAUCGAUUUACUGGUAUUCCGGAUCACCAUCGAGGUUAUCUUUAUAUCGACAAUGCGACUGGACGUCGAUCUUCUGUCGGACGUCCAUCCGUUGAUACGACGCCAAUUUUGCAAGAUGCUCUUCAGGAUCUUCACAACAGAACGACACAACCAACUCCUAUUCAGGUGUCUGAAGUGAAGGAUGUUCUUCGUCGUGCUGCGGCUCUCCUGUGCCAAAGCAAGAAAUCCCAAACAGCAAUUGUGCGCCACUUGGUCCACAUUCCCUUGGCCAUCUUUACGAAGGAUUCGAUCAAACUCGGUAUAUCUCUUUGGCUUGGAGUAAUUCAUGAGAAUUCCCGAAUGGAGCCAAGAAUACUGACAGAGGUCGCCCAAGCUUGGGAAAAGACCAUUGACCGAGAAGAGGGUAUCUUUGGCCCUCAAUUUCGACACCCCGAUCCAUUCUAUGUCAAAGAAGAAUUUGCUCCGUCCGAUAGGAUUGCGAUUCAUAGGCAGGCGCAAACCGCACACAAUACCAUUUCUCCCCAUUUCAGAUUGAUACAAUUUUUUGAAAGCCAUUUCAAUGCAAUCAGACUGGGCAGUGUCAAUACUCAGCGAACUUUUGUUCGAAUGCUUGAGCGGACACUUCGUGGCUUCCUUCAAAUCAAAGGACAUCCACUUCUCCGGGAGAUUCAAUUUCACCUGGUUCUGUUCGCCUUGCAAGUUGUCAAAUUCAGCACUUGUCUAAGCAAACUCUGUACGUGGAAGCUGAAGGAUCUGAUUCUUUCAGUCGGUCUUCAGUGGUUUGCAAAACCACCCGCAUGGUCAUUUGGCGGGAAUCGCCUCCAAAUAAAGGCUGAAAUUCAAGUGAUGCAGGACGUUUUGGUUAUGCUACAAAGCACCAGGCAGCCUAUCUACAUGGCCUCGGCGACCAGAAGAGACCCUCAGCAAAAACAUGACCUAUUAGAAGCUCUUCUCACGAACGAAAUCAACCGUCUCAAUGUUUGGCUUGCACCUUUGACUAGCACGGAACACCAUAGUCAAUCCGAAACCCAAGUCGCGGCAUAUGCUCGCACGGCAUGGACCGAAAAUCCCGCCCUCGCUCUCCAAUUGGUGACGCGGUUCCCGAACGAGCAACUUCGCCGUGAUGUGCGCUUUUUGCUUGUUAACUUUCCAGACAAGGCCUUGGAUGAGCCAAACGCUGUCGAUCUGUUAUUAGGGGAUGCCUUACCAUCAGAUGUCUCCUUCCAGUUGAAAUAUCUGCUCUACUGGCACCCGGUCAACCCCAUGCAGGCCGUGACAUAUUUCCUUCCUGCGUUCGGGAACCACCCAUUUGUGCUGCAAUAUGCGACGAGAGCGCUUGAAAGUCAUUCGGUUGAUGUCACAUUCUUUUAUGUUCCUCAAAUUGUACAGAGCUUACGUUACGACGCGCUUGGAUAUGUGGAGCGGUACAUUAUCGAGACCGGCAAAUUCUCGCAAUUGUUUGCCCAUCAAAUCAUCUGGAACAUGAAGGCAAACGCCUACAAGGACGAAGAUUCUCAAGAACCUGACCCGGUCAAGCCAACGUUGGACAAGGUCAUGGACAGCCUGAUUUCAAGUUUCUCUGACGAAGACAAAGAAUUCUACGAACGCGAAUUUGCAUUCUUUGGUGAAGUCACCGACAUAUCCGGAAAGCUGAAGCCUUUUAUCAAAAAGAGCAAACCGGAGAAGAAAGCCAAGAUCGAGGAAGAGCUCCGCAAAAUCAAAGUUGAAGUAGGGGUAUAUCUUCCCAGCAAUCCCGACGGCGUUGUGGUCGGCAUUGAUCGAAAGUCCGGCAAGCCACUGCAAUCGCAUGCCAAAGCACCUUAUAUGGCGACAUUCAGAAUCCGUAAAACGAGGGAAGUUCCGGAGGAUACCGGUGCGAUGAGACAAGCAACCCCCAAAAGUCCGCCAAAUAUUCGCCGAGGUCAUAGUCGCCGAAAUACCAGUGACAUCUCCAGCCUCGGAUUAAACGAGACAAAUCCGGCAACAUACGAGGUUUGGCAGAGUGCCAUCUUCAAGGUCGGAGAUGAUUGUCGACAAGACGUGCUGGCCUUACAGAUGAUCGCGGCUUUCCGUGGGAUUUUCAAUUCCGUGGGACUGGACGUUUAUGUUUUUCCAUACCGAGUUACGGCAACGGCACCGGGAUGUGGCGUCAUUGACGUUCUUCCCAAUUCCAUCAGUCGUGACAUGCUGGGCCGUGAAGCUGUGAACGGUCUUCAUGACUACUUCAUCACCAAAUACGGCGGCGAACAUUCCGUUCGAUACCAAGAAGCAAGGAAUGAAUUCGUCAAAAGUAUGGCGGCGUACUCGGUCAUUAGUUAUUUGCUCCAAUUCAAGGAUCGCCACAACGGAAAUAUCAUGGUUGACGACAAAGGACACAUUCUUCACGUUGAUUUCGGAUUCUGUUUUGAUAUUGCCCCUGGCGGUGUCAAAUUUGAGAGAGCUCCUUUCAAACUGACACCGGAAAUGAUUGCGGUGAUGGGUGGAGAUGAUCCCAAUACUUCUCAAUCAUAUCGAUGGUUCGAAGAACUCACCAUCAAAGCCUUUCUGUGUAGCCGACAAUACUGCGACAAACUGAGUCACCUUGUGAGCUUAAUGCUUGACAGUGGGUUACCCUGCUUCAAACCCGAAACUAUGCGAAACUUCAAGAAUCGAUUUGUUCUCGAGAAAUCGGACAGAGAGGCAGCGGAGUUCAUGCUUGGAUGUAUCAAGAAGAGCGCGGCAAAUGUGACGACCAAGGUCUACGACGAAUUCCAGCUCUUGACAAAUGGCAUUCCCUAUUAA